GCCGGGAUCGUACAAUCUGAUGGUGCACAACAGCACUGAACAUCGUAUCUGAGCCAGGGACCCCAUCUGGAGUGCUAGGAAUAGAGCUGGCAUCCCUUUUCUCUGGUGAAGUUUCUCCUUUGCCCCCCCUUGCAUGUGGUUUACUGAGACCCCCCCAGGAUUAAGUGGCACAAGGGUGAAGGUUUUUUUUUUUAUUUACUUAUUUUUUUAUUUAAUUUUUUUGAGUUUUUGCAAUUUAUUAUGCCUAAGAGGAGCCAUCAUCAACCUGGAGAGGACUACUUGCUUGGAGGAGCAGCCAAUCAGUGACCAUACCUGGUCCACCCAGACACAAUGAGUUUCUGAGCAGCUGGCAGCCUGGCACACUAGACCUGCAUGCAGCACCGAGAGAUAAGUACCAUGAAAGUUGCCCAGUUUCUCAUCUCUUCCUCUGAUUUCUAAGGUUGCUUUGGAGUUGGCCACACUGGAUGCCUGCUGGAAGCUUGGAUUAUUCUGGAUGUACAAAGCACACUUGUGUUGGCAUUAAUCUGAGAAUUGUAGAGGAGUGUGGAGAUCUAUAACUCAUGUUCAGUUCCAAGCCACAAUCUAUGCAAUAGCUUAUUGUUAGUAUGAACUGUCUAGAGAUGAAAGUCUUGGCUAGCCAAUCUCCUCACCUGGUGGCCACCACAUUGGCAGAUGUUCCUCACCUUAUAAAACUUGGUAUGGUAGCCUGAUUGCCCUCUGUGUCCUGGUGCAUGGCGACAAAUUCACCAUGGAGCUGGGCUAAGCUUCUUUGCCAACAAGAACCUAGAUCAUGGUCUUAUCUACCCAACAAAGGAUCUUCUUCUACUGCUGGGGGCACAUUGGGUCAGAACAGGCUGAUGGCCAUUUCCAUAGCAGGUUGCAGACUCUACAGGCCUAAGGAAAUUAUCAGCUUUUUUUUUAAGGUUUUUGUAAUGCUACCAUUUAUAUCUGGGUAAAAUGGCUUCCAGAAGUACCAUCAACGUAGAUCUACGUCUAAAACUGAUCUGGGUCCCUCAUGAGCCCACGUGGAGAUGUAAGUAGCCUAGCACCUUGGGUUGGGUGUCCUGCUCCUGGCUGCCAUAGGGGCAGAGGAUGGCUUGUCGAGGUGGCUGCUGUUGCUGCAUAUUUGGUCACCUGAAUGAAGACAAUGGUCGAUUUGUCUUGUUGGCCAUUCUUAUUAUCGUUUACCUGCUUUGUGGCGCGGCGGUUUUCUCGGCCAUUGAGCAGCCUAAGGAGCGAGAGGCCAAGGAGAGGUGGCAGUUGAAGUUUGACAACUUUACCCAGAAGUACAACCUCAGCAAAAGCGACUUGCGCAACUUUCUGCGGGACUACGAGGAGGCCAACGUGGCUGGCAUUCGGGUGGAUGCCAUCAGACCCAGGUGGGACUUCACUGGGGCAUUCUACUUUGUUGGCACCGUCGUCUCUACAAUAGGUUUUGGCAUGACCACCCCAGCCACCAUUGCAGGGAAGAUUUUCCUUAUAUUCUACGGCUUGAUUGGAUGCGCGGCCACCAUCUUGUUCUUCAACCUCUUCCUGGAACGUCUGAUCACAGUCAUCGCCUUCAUCAUGAAGUCGUUUUACGAGAGGCAGCUGAGGAGGAAGGAAGGCAUGUCUCCCGAAAUGCGUCGGAGCUCUGGUAACUCGGAGGUGGACAGUUUAGCUGGAUGGAAACCAUCCGUAUAUUACGUCAUGCUCAUUUUGUGCGUGGCGGCCAUUAUCAUAUCUUGCUGUGCCUCUGCCAUGUACUCUCUGAUCGAAGGAUGGGGCUACUUCGACUCGCUUUAUUUUUGCUUUGUUGCCUUCAGCACGAUCGGAUUUGGUGACAUGGUCAGUAGUCAAAAAGCCAAAUAUGAAAACCAAGGACUCUAUCGUUGCGGCAAUUUCAUCUUUAUUUUUAUGGGGGUUUGCUGUAUAUAUUCCUUAUUUAAUGUUAUUUCCAUAGUCAUCAAACAAUGUGUCAAUUGGAUAUUAAAGAAGCUGGAAUGCCGAUGUUGCCAAAGAUGCCAAAGAAGAUUUUUUAGGCCUAAAAGAAACGUGGUCAUGCCGCACAAUGUUCGAACUAGACGGAACAUUUCUAUUGAGACGGACGGAGUUUAUGAGAGCGAGACGGACGGCAGGAGGAUGUCGGGGGAGAUGAUCUCCAUGAAAGACUUCUUGGCGUCCAACAAAGUCUCAUUGGCCAUCAUGCAGAAGCAACUCUCGGAGACGGCCAACGGCUGCCCGAGGCAAAUUGGCACAAGUUCCCGGCACAAUGGCUUCUCGGGGGGUGUGGGGGCCUUAGCAAUUAUGAACAAUAGACUGGCAGAGACCAGUGUGGACAGGUGAAUGCUCUAGCUGGAAAGACAAUGGAAGAGUUGUUCAAGAAUUUGGAAAGUUUCACGUCUGAGGUUACUUUAACUGUGAAUGUUCUGAUUUAUCCAGGUUAUUUUUUACCUAGUAGUAGUCAGUCACACAGGGCUGGACUGGGACAAAAAUUCGGCCCUGGACUUCAUCCA